GUCUCACUCCUCAUUCGAGUGCGGGUCUCGGUCGCGUGUGGUUGUAAUCCCCUUUUAGCCUUUACAUCGUAAAAUUUACGGUCUCUCACGAUGCAUCCGGGUAUUGGAGGGGGGCCGCCGGCUUCGCCCCAACAGUUCUGCCUCCGGUGGAACAACUACCAAAGCAACCUGACCAAUGUUUUCGACCAACUGCUCCAGAGCGAGAGUUUCGUGGACGUCACCCUCGCUUGCGAAGGGCACUCAGUGAAGGCCCAUAAAAUGGUGCUGUCAGCGUGCAGCCCUUAUUUCCAGAGCCUCUUCUUCGACAACCCCUGUCAACACCCCAUCGUCAUCCUCAAGGACAUCAAGUGGCCAGAGUUGAAGGCGGUCGUCGAAUUCAUGUACAAAGGUGAGAUCAACGUGUCCCAGGAGCAGAUCGGCCCCCUGCUCAAAGUGGCCGAAUCUCUGAAGAUCCGGGGUCUGGCGGACGUCAACGGAGAACAGGACCUCGGCAAGGGCUUGGAAGACGUGUCACUCUCGAGGAAGAAACGCCGGCGGACGUCCGUCGACCCUAGUAGCCCAGAAGGAAGCGUCUCAGAAUCCCUGGAAGGUAGGGCUCUAGAACUGGUGACAACGUCUCCGCCUUCCUCGUGUCCGCCUCCUGCCGGACCGCCCUCGAGCACGCCGACCAACAUGCUGCCGCUCCCGCUUGCACCGCCGCCGCCUCCACCGCCCGUUCAGCCUCCGCAACAGCCAUCCGAAGACAUGGAAAUCAAGCCGGGCAUCGCCGAAAUGAUUCGCGAGGAAGAAAGGGUGGCGGAAGAUUUGAAAAGGCAGUGGAGCUCAUGGGGUGCCAGUAUGCAAGAUAAGGCCAAAAUGCUCGAGUCUUCGCACGCCUGGCUAGGAGCUUCGACGUCUUCUUUGGCCGCAGACAGUUACCAGUACCAACUGCAAUCGAUGUGGCAGAAGUGCUGGAACACGAACCAGAGCCUGGUCCACAACCUGAGGUUCCGCGAGCGAGGGCCACUCAAGUCCUGGAGGCCGGAGACGAUGGCUGAGGCGAUCCUGUCCGUUCUGAAGGAAGGGCUGAGCCUAUCACAGGCAGCGAGGAAAUACGACAUCCCUUAUCCCACCUUCGUCCUCUACGCCAACCGGGUUCACAACAUGCUAGGACCGUCUGCUGACGGCGGAUCAGAUUUGCGGCCGAAAGGACGUGGCCGGCCUCAGAGAAUUUUGCUCGGCAUUUGGCCCGAAGAACACAUACGCGGUGUCAUCAGGGCUGUCGUUUUCCGGGAUCCGCAACACAUGAAAGACGAUACAAUGAACCUCGGCUAUCAUAGACUGCAGCAGAAAACACAACUCUGCGGACAGGAAGUUGCGCAUAACUACAGCAACAGCGGCGGCGGUAGUGGUGGAGGCAGCGGCCCCGGAAGCGUUGCCGGUUCGGAUUCGGUCAGCGCCGGCGGUGUUUCGCCGAAUUCCGCAGCUGCGGCAGUCGUCGCAGUCGCCCAGAAUCUGAGGCAGCAGAUGCUCGCAGCAGCAGCCCAGCAGCAUCAUCACCACCACCACCAGAACCACGCCCAGCACCACCCGACGGCCCAGGAGCACCAGCAGCCGUCCCACCUUCACAAUAGGUCGCCCAACUUCGGCUUCUUCGCUGCAGCAGCUGCACACUGCGCUAACGGCAACAACCUCGUCCUCCACUCUCCGAGCCCAGUCGACAGCUCGCCCAGGUCGUCUCCUCUCACCCAGCCCAACAAUAAUAUGGAGAUGGCUCUUAACAUGGGAUUUAAACCGAUGGUCAACGAUUUGUCGUCGGCACCCAGAAACGAGCAUAUGUUCCAAGAAGAGAUCGAAGAUUUGGUCAAAAGGCCGCAAUCGAGCGAGACCCCUAAGAUGAAACCCCCGCUGAUGCCAUAUAAAUUACAGAAUACUUCCAUGCCCAACGACCUGUCUACAAGGGCGGACCACAUGUUCCAGGAGGAGAUGGAGAACAUGAUGAAACACCCACCUGUAUCCGAAGCUGCCAAAGUUAAAGUUGGCAUCGGUGUCAGCAAUGUGAGCUUGCCUUUCAAAGGCCAGUGCGAAUCAUACGGACCGCCAAGGACAGAAUCUCUGUUCCAAGAUGACAUUGAAGAUCUUGUGAAAAGCCCGCCAUCCAACGCCAAGAAAGAGCCUAUCCAGAUGUCCAUCGACAUGACGACAAACGUCUCUGAAUAACUUGAACAAAUCAAAGCUCUGUGGUACUCUAUUGAACUGUAACUAUUUUAUUAGUUCCUCAAUUUCGGGAGAGAGAAAAAAUUGCAAACAAUUACAAAUUAAAAAAAAAAAAAAUUACCAACAAACUUACUUUUGAGGAAGAUGGGAUUGAAUAUCGUUCGUGUGAAAGCUGUACAGUGAAAGGGUACAAGUUUGUUAUGUCUAGCGUUUGGCAUAUUGUAUACUGUUAUCAAUAUAAGAUUCCUUUAUAAUAUUGUCUAUUUAUUUACUUUUUAUAUAAAAAAAGAAAAAUGUAAGAUAAGACUUGGUCGUAUACAAUAUCAACUAUUUUUUAAGUUAAAUCUGUACUAAAGUACAACAGUAGGUUUGCAGUGUAGUAUUAUUGUAUUUAUUGUUUAAGAGGUUAUUUAAUGUUAUCAGAAUUAUAUGAAGAUAAUGAAAAUUGGUAUAAAAUAUCAAUCCUUCAAUUGUAUAAAUAAUUUGAAUCUGUGAAUAUGUGAAUAACAAUAUUGCUUUUUUUUUUAAUUACUGUGUAUCGCUUAUUAUUCAUUAUGUAAUCAUUUGCACAAGUGAUAUAUAUGUCUCUGGGCAUUCGGGAUUGUGUAGUUGUGUAUCUCCCUCGGUAGUAUAAUUUUACUACUAGUCAUUUUGAAUAAAACAAAACUUGAUCUGAUCAGCCAUCACACAAGGUAGAUAUGUAUACUUUGUUAUCUAUAUCCUCUAAUGUUACGUUAAUUAUUACUUAGUUUUCCAUAUUGAUUAUUGAGAAUCACCGCGAUUCGUAUAAAUUAUAGCUUUCAUUUAGUGACAUCGGCUAAUUGUGAUCUGAAUCGAAGUUUAAGACAUCAGUUUUUUUUUUUUUUAAUACAUUUAUUUCUGUGGUAUUGGAUUACUGAAAAAUAAUUAAUUGUUAGGGGGGGAAAGAAUGUUUAAUAUUGUGUAAACUAAGCUAAGGUAUUCCAUUUGUUGUGUUUAUAUUUAUUUUAAGGUAAAAAUAAGAACUUCUUCUGGAUACCAAAUAUUUAAUCGUUUUUAACCAUUAUAAUUUAUUUUAAAUAAGAAUUUAUGUAAAUAAUGCAGACUAUAUUGUAGGGUA